UUGGAUUGUUUGAACCUCGGUUACAUCUCCCAGCAACUGACUUCACCGGGACUCUUCUCCUCAUCUAUCCUUUCGGACCUUCUUCUUAGCAGGUACCUGCCACCUGCGACUCCUGCAGAAUGAUGGCAGACGGGCAAAUAAAGCUUCUUCUUCUUAUACCAGUGUUAUUCUUGGCUGCAACAGAAGCAUGCAACCUUACUUGUUCUUUGGGUCACGUCAAUGCAGAAUGUGAUUCAUGCAUGUGUGAAGAUUACCUUCUUGUUGGUCAAAUCCGUACAGAUGAUUGGAAGGAAGCUGUUGGAGUUUCUGUUUACAGACAAGGAAAAAACAUGAAACUUCUAACAACAUCUGAUGUUGAUGGAAAUAUACAAAUUCCAGGGAUUUGUCCAAAUGACAUUUCAAAACUAAAAUUCAAAUUGGCCAAACACACUGUUGCAAAUCUUAGAAUACAGAAAAGGAUCGGCAAAACCAUCUUUACUGAUAUUGUUCUAAAAAGGGCAGAAAAGUUGUAUGUAGUGAAAAACCCAGAGGACAAAGCCAGGCAUGAAGGGCAGGCAGUUUCUCUCUGCUGCAAAGUUGAUGGACAGCCACAGCCUGAUAGCUUCUUGUGGUUCCAUAAUGACACUCUUCUGGUCAAAAGACAAUACAACUAUGACAGUACACUCGUGCUGAGACAUCUCAAGAGAAGUCAGGCCGGACAUUAUUAUUGCAAAGCUACCAAUGAAGAUGGAUCUAUAAAAUCCCAGCCUGCAAAACUCACCAUUUUUGGUUCCAAUGAGCCUUCAUGUAAUCCAGUUCCGGAGAGUUAUCUCAUUAGAUUACCUCACGACUGCUUACAAAAUUCUUCAAACUCUUUCUACUAUGAUGUAGGCAGAUGCCCAUUGGUCACAUGCGUCGGACAACUUAAGAACAGCAUAAGUUGCACAGACACCACAUCUUACUGCUGUGGAGUUGAAAACCUAGAAGAACAACAUGUUUCUUGCAAUGGUUACCUUCUGCCAAUAAAGGUGGUAACCAAAUGUGGAUGUCAAAAAUGUGUUGAAACAAAGGUGGUGGUAUAUGGGCGUGCAGUGGCCGCAGAUAAUGGAGAGCCUAUGCGCUUUGGACAUAUUUUUAUGGGAAUGAGCAGAGUUGGCAGGACUGGCUACAAAGGAACAUUUUCUGUUCAGGUACCGACAGACACAGAAAGACUGGUGCUCACGUUUGUUGAUCAUUUACAGAAGUUUGUCAACACUACCAAAGUUUUGGCCUUUAAUAAAAAAGGGGGCUCUAUUUUCCAUGAAAUUAAACUUUUGCGGAAGCAAGAUCCAGUCACAUUGCUUUCAACUCAGACCAACACAAUCACUCUGGGUAAAAGUGAAGGACAAGAAGCCAUUGCUGAAAUGGAAAUUCCCCCACAAGCUUUUUACAGGGAAAAUGGUGAUGUUUAUACUGGGAAAGUUCAAGCUAGCAUAACAUUCUUGGAUCCCCGAAAAAUGUCUACAGCUUUAGCUGCUCAAAGUGAUCUUAACUUUAUUGAUACAGAAGGAGAUGUUUUACCUCUGUGGACUUAUGGAAUGUUUUCUGUCGAUUUUACCAACGAAGAAGGCACAGAGUCUCUCAAUGCUGAUCAAGUCAAUGUUUUUCUGGACUCAACACAAAUUACAAUUCCUGGACAUCAGGAAAAAAUGAAACUGUGGUCCCUCAAUCCACAAACUGGUCUCUGGGAGGAAGAAGGAGAUUUUCAUUUUAAAAAGGCAAGACGGGGUAAACGAGAAGAACGAACAUUCUUAAUUGGGAACAUGGAGAUCCGAGAAAGACGCUUGUUCAACUUGGAUGUUCCUGAAAGCAGAAGGUGCUAUGUUAAAAUAAGAGCAUUCAGGAGUGAAAGAUUUAUGCCAAGUGAACAGGUAGAGGGAGUUCUUAUAAAUUUGAUCAACAUGGAACCAAUGGAUGGAUUUUCUACAAAUCCCAAAGCAUGGGGAAGGUUUGACAGUGCCAUUACUGGAUCUAACGGUGCAUGCCUACCCGCUUUCUGUGAUGACCAAAAUCCUGAUGCUUACUCUGCCUUUGUCACGGGUAGCCUGGGUGGUGAGGAACUAGAAGCUGUGGCCUCUUCCCCAAAGUACAUACCUAAUGUUAUUGGAGUGCCACAGCCCUACUUAAACAAACUUAAGUAUCAAAGAAGUGACCAUCAUGAUCCCAAAGCCAAGAAAACUGCCUUCCAAAUCAAUGUUGCAAAACCAAAUCCAAAUGCUGCAGAAGAAAUCAAUGGACCAAUUUAUCCUUAUGAGAAUCUCAAAGAUUGUGAAGAGGCAUCUUUUUCCAGUGGUCACUUCAGAUUUCAUAGAGUUGAAGGUGAUAGAUAUGAUUUUAACACUGUUCCUUUCAAUGAAGAUGACCCAAUGAGUUGGACCCAAGACUAUCUUAGCUGGUGGCCAAGACCACAGGAAUAUAGGGCAUGCUACAUAAAAGUAAAAAUUAAUUCUCUUCAGGAAAUUGUUGUUCGCUCCAGAAACAUGGGGGGUACACAUCCACAGACAGUUGGCAAGUUAUAUGGAAUUCGAGAUGUUCGUAGUACACGCGAUAUGGAGCAGCCUACUGUGUCAGCUGUCUGCCUGGAAUUUAAAUGUAGUGGAAUGCUAUAUGACCAGGAUCGAGUGGACCGCUCACUGGUGAAAAUUAUCCCUCAGGGAAGUUGCAAAAGAGAACAUGUUAAUGCUAUGCUCCAAGAAUACUUAGUGAAUCACCUUCCCCUUGCUGUCAAUAAUGAUACCAAUGAGUUCACUAUGUUGGCUCCCUUGGACCCUCUUGGACAUAACUAUGGAAUAUACACGGUUACUGACCAGGAUCCUCGGACAGCGAAGGAAAUUGCUUUGAGCCGCUGUUUUGAUGGAACUUCAGAUGGCUCAUCUCGAGUUAUGAAGAGUAAUUUAGGUGUAGCCUUAACAUUUAAGUGUGGAGAAAAGGAAGUUGCUCGUUCCAGUCCAUUUCAGACACCACAGCGCCUCCCUGAUGAGUCGGUAGCAUUGAGUUCUUUUCGGAAACGAAGAACAAAUAAAAGACAGAGAGGUGGGAUUGCUCGCAACCAAAGUAGAGCUAGAAAGACAGUAUGAAUAUGAAUAAAUACUGGGGUACAAUGUCAUAACACAAUAGGCAAGUUGUAUUUCAAAUUUCAGACAUUUUUCUGAUUACUGACACUAAGAACAUUUCCAGGAAAAUGAAACACACACACACACUAUAUGAAAAGCUGUUAGUUUUACAUGUUUGCAGUAGUUUAUGAAAACCAUGCACCAUAAAAGGAAUUUCUACUGAUCUAAAAAUAUACAUAAAAUGAACUGAUUUUUACUUGUUUGGCAAAUACCAACAUAAAAUUCAUCCCCUACCCACCUCAGAACAUUUGCAUGCUUAGACAGAGUGUAUAGAGCUGUUCAUCAGAAUGUCUGAGGUUUUCUUUGUUUAGUUUAUUUUAGUAAACAAACUUUCCAAUAUCAAUGUGUAUGUUUUAGUGAAUGUCUAAGAAGUAAAAUACAUUAAACAUUCAAUGUUGGCUGUUCAAUCAGAAAAUCUGCAACAAGAAUGUGUAUAAAUAUAUAUAAAUAUCA